AUGACCAGCGUACUAAAAGGCGGCUUCGGCUCGCCCAACGGUGCGCCAUUAAUCGCGACCAACUCCGGCACCGAGUUCGUCAACACCGUGUGCCCACUCAAGAGCGCCCUCGAUGGCUACGACAGCACGCUCCCCUGCAGCAAGCAGAAGAUCCACGUCCCGCAGAACUUCUGCGACGCCAUGGCCAUCCGCGAGGAGGUCUACGGCGAGCAGGGCGUCCCCCUCGAAGCCGAGUUCGACGAAGACGAUGCCCGCAGCUGGCACUGGGUCGCUUAUGCUUCCGUCGCCACACACUCAACCCACCCUCCCAAGACACUGCGCCGCUCCGACUCUGGCAACACUCCAGCUGAUGACGCCCGCCGCGCCUCAGCCACCGCCACCCGCGUUCCCGUCGCGACCAUUCGCCUGAUACCCCCACCCCACGGUCCAAACAAGUACGUCGAGGACGACAAGACGGACAAGCAUGCCGAUGCAGACCCACCCGGUGAGGAGCAGGAGAGUAAGCACCCGCCUGAGCCGUACAUCAAGCUCGGCAGGCUCGCGGUCCUAGCGCCCUACCGCAGUCUCGGCCUCGCGAAGCUGCUCAUCAACGCCGCCCUCGACUACGCGGGGUCAAAUCCUGAUCUCAUCUACCGACCUCCAUCUCCCACCGCCCUGGAGAUGGCGCAGAUACUCGGCAACAACAAGGAGCGGGAGAUUACCUGGCAGGGCUUGGUCAUGAUACACGCCCAAGCCAAUCUGCAGAGUAUGUGGGAGAAGCACGGCUUCCACGAGGAGUUGAAGAAUGAUGACGGCGACGUUGAAAUACCAGCAGAACCCCACUGGAUCGAAGAAGGCAUCGAGCAUGUUGGCAUGUGGAAGAGGUUGCCGAUUGAGAAGAGGAAGAGGUUGUCGCUUUCUUCCCUGGAGUCGGGGUCUUGA